ACUCUUCCUCUUACUUUUCGAAAAUGAUACUCCGGCGACAGUGGUUAUCCUCCCUUGCCUUUUUCUUCUUCUAUCACACCCACAUCGCCUCUGUGCUAGCGGACGAUGAGCUCGACUGCCAUAUUACCGUGAGCCCAUCUGUCAAAUUUGACUUGACGUCUCUCGGGGGCGAGCAUACCGUCUCUCGAAGGCGUGAUACGCCGCCGACAACGAUGGUGGACUCGGUUAGGCUGGAUUUGUGCAGUGAGUUGUCGUCGCAGGGUGGUGUGAAUGAACGAGACCAAUGUCCCAGCCAUACAAGAGUAUGUCUGACCAAGACAAAUGAGAAGGAGGAUGCGGAUGACCGGAUUAUUUCUGUGAUUCCCAUCGUGCAGACCUCGACGGCGAAUCCGUCGUACAAGGCGCUAUCAUCACCGAAAGGAUUGUCCGUGAUUAUGCAUGGACCAUCGUACACUAGCGGCUCUGUGACCCAGUCUUUCAAUCUAACAUUGCUCUGCGACCCAGACGCCUCCAACUCCGACCCUACAUUCACUUCUUACGACGAGGCAGAGCUUCGGUUAGAAUGGCGUUCUCCUGCUGGCUGUUCAUUCGGCGAAAAUAAUGGUGGUGGUGGUGGGAGCACUGGUCCCGGUGAUGGACCUGUAGAAGAAAGUGUUGGAAGCGGCUUAGGCUGGUUCUUCCUAGUAUUAUUGCUCGCUUUCUUGGCCUAUUUUGGCCUUGGUGCCUACUACAAUUACACCACCUACGGUGCGAGCGGGAAGGACCUGAUACCGCACCGCGAUUUCUGGCAGGAAGUCCCGUAUAUGCUGAGCGAUGUUGCUUCACAUUUAUGUUCUUCUGUACGCCCACGGCGGUCAUCUAGUCGUGGAGGUUACAUUGCCGUGUAAUGGACAUGGGGGUAUUGGAUUAUUACGUGCUCAUCAGAUAGUACAUGCUUUGCUGUCGUGUUUCUUAGAUUCGUAUAAUGCUGUGGUGACCAAGUACAUAAUACGUACUGAUUGGUGCCUUCGGUUCCGACAUAGUGAUGACCCUAGCGUAAAUACUGCCAAUUAGAGGAUACAAAUUUCCAU